CAGAAGGCCGUUGCCGAGGAGGGACUUCAGGGAGCAGUGGCAGAGCUCGGGGAGGGAGUGCAGGAUGACUCAGCAGGGAGCUGUUCUUCAGGGUUACAAUAAUGAACUAGUGAAAUGCAUUGAAGACUUAUGUAUGCAAAGAGAAGACCUUAACAAACAAAUCCAGCAAGCAGAAGAGGAAAGGAAUAAACUCCAGCAUGAAAUUCAAGUCCUGAGUGAACAGCUGGAGCGUGUAUGUGAAAACCUGGCCCAGAAGGUGGCUUCACGGAAUGAGCUUGAUAAAAUUCUUGCUGAAACUGAAGCUGCUUACAUGAAGAUUUUGGAUAGUUCUAGAACUUUACUUAAUGUCCUGAAGAAGGAAGUGGGAAGCUUAAGGCAUUCACCAGAUCUGAAACCCAAUGUAACGUGAAACAGUUGAAUGUUUGGACUCUACAGUGCUAAAAUUCCACUGGGUGAGAACUGUGGUUAGCCACGGAACCUUACAGCAACAGUAUAAGCGGAAAGGGAUUUUCUUCCAGCCUUUCUGUAUGUUUUAUUACUAUUACUUUUAAAUGCACUAGAAAAUAGAUUAAAUAAAGUUGCUGUUUUGCUUUAAAAAAUCUAGUUACUUAAACACUACAAAAUUAUAUUUCAAAGAGGUAGUUGAGGCAGAUAAGAGACUCAGUUUUGACAUGGUAGUGCUUCAAGACUUCUGAAGACAGCAAAAAAAAAGUCAUGUUUUAUUAGUUGGCUUCAGAUGGCUACUGGUAGAUUCCUGUUAGAAAACUAGUGGAUACAAGUAGAUCAGAUACUACUUCUUUUUACUUUACAAAUGGUUAGGCUUUACUGUUGAACCAAGUAGAAAUUAACUAUUUAGCUUUCUCUAGGAGCUUGGAGUUCUGUCUGAUGCAUGCACAAAGACAGCCUUUCUUUACUAUCAUCUCCUAUCUGGAAUAAUGGAGGGACAAGGUGAGGAAAGAUGACUAAUGCAGAGCAUGGAGGCUUAAACUGUAAGACUGUAUGUGAUUCAUGUGAUUCAUGCAUCUUCUGAAGCUGUUCUCAAAAGCUUUGUUUAGGAAGGAGAUGUGCUGUAGUGGAAGACAGGUUUGGUGCAAGUGCACAUGCCUCCAAAUGCAGGGCACAGCAACAGAGGCAGCUACACUAUAUAAACCUGGACCAAUAACUCAUGGGUAAGGAAAAGGUGACUAUUUCAAUAGUGACUAGAAGUCCUGAAAAAGUUACUGGAGUUCAGUAAAAAAUACAGAGAUAAAUACAAGGCCAAAGAAGACAAUCCUGGCUAAAAGCUAGUAAUAGAAUUUCUGGAAACCCUUUUAGUGCCUUUUAGCUCUAUACUGAUGUAUUAAAUAAUUUUAAUAAGGUUGUAAAGAAUAGUGAACAUCCUGGAAUGCUGAGAAAUAAAUACAAAUGAAAGAUGAAAAUGAGAAGUGGUUUGCAUCUUGUCAGGCAUUCUCACAGAUGACAUUAAAGUAGAACUUAGUUUAGAGAUUAGGGAGGACAGCAAGGCAGAAAUCUUGAUUUAAUCCUGUUUUCUAUUCCUGGUGAACCUCUCUGUAGUUAUGUGCUUGUACAUACACAUGCAUUUUGUCCUGCACAUUUUCUGUUAUAGCGGUAACUUUUUAAGCUGCAGUCAAAUCUUCAUUCAAUACCAAUUAACUAAAUUGAAAGAAGUGCAAUUGUGAUCUCCUUACUUGAUAAUAGUGUGUCUCUCAGGUGCAAAUAGAGAGGACAGUGUAGGUGUGAAUAGUUUAAUAGCUCUCCCCAAAUCAUAGGAAACAAAUUUUAUGUUCUGGUUGCCAUGCUACAUCAGGGAUUAGUGUACCAAGCUAAUCACAGUUUACUUGUAUGGCCUUUCCACUGGCUUUCCUCGGGUAAUGCUGAGGUGAUAAAAUUAGAUAACCUCAGGGCUACUGCUGCUGUUGCAGUACCACAGCAUUCAGGACCCCCUUGUUUGUGUUACACAAAAAUUUUGCUAUGUUUAGUAGCAAAAAAUGACUGGCUGUUUUAUUUGACUGGCUGUUUUAUGACAUUGUCUUCCCUUAGAAUGGGAGUAGUAACUGAUUUACAACAAAAGAGGAAGAAUCAGGAAAAAGUAUUAACUAAAGAGCAGGAACUGUCAGUUGCAUGUGUAAACUGCUGCUUCUUACUAUCUGCAAGGUAACUCAAAAUUGUCUGUGAAAAAGAAUUUGUGUCAUGGAAAACUCAUAGAGAACAGCAUAGCUAAUUUCUUGUAUUAAUCUCACACAAUAAUUAUAGGUUUCUUUGCCUUAGAAUAGUCAUAAAUAAUGCCUCUUGUUCUACUGAGGCUGUUAAAACUAAAGUUUUAAGAGAAGCCUUUUAAGUCUUUAAAGAAGUUUACUCACAGCCAUUAUUGCAUGUAAUUGUAGCUAUUACAAUGUCAAAACUAAAAUACUGGAGAUGCUUGAAUUUUUUGUUACAAAGCAAGGGGAAAAUGUAACUGCUGGCUAGUAAUGUAACUGCUGGGGCCUCCCAACAUUCAAAUAAAAUGUUGAAAUAUUGUUAGAAUUCCAUUCAGUAUCCCAAUCUGUAAAAUUUCAUUUAAAAUCAAACUUAAAAAUGAGGAGAAAUAACAUAUAGGGCUUGCCUAUUUGUAGAAUAACUACAGUGUUAUGUGACAGUCAUUGCACACAUGCAGAGCUGUUACUCAAAAAUAGAACUUACCAUUAUAUUCUGUAUUGACCCAAAUGAACUUACUAUAUUCUUUUAUUGAAGUGGUAAACCUUUUUCACAGCUUUUUCAGGUAGUAUAAAUCUUGACAGAAAUAGCUUUUGUUAAACAGCUUCAAUUUGUUCAGAACAGGAGACCCAUAAACUCAAUUGGUACAUUGUAUUGCUAGAAGAGAAAAGAUAAUGUGCAGCUGCAAGCUGCUCUGUAGGGCUGGCCUGUGACAGGAAGUUUACCUGAAAGAAGGCAAAUUGUAAGCUUAAAAGCAUCAUACUUAUUCCUGACCUAAGUUUUGUGUUGAAUAUAUGUGACUCUCUGAGUUAGAUUUGAUGCUUUACUUGAGUGCUUACAGUCUAGGAGCCUCAAUGACAAAAGCUGGGCUCCCAAAUUGAAGUGUCUAAUCUAAAGGGCUGUGUUGGGUGUCUUCUAUCUUACUGGAUAUGUGAGGAGAUGCAGUUUUUGAAACUCCUACCUGUGCUUCAUUCAGAGAUCUAGUGAAAUGCAUCUAGAGCACCAGUCUAAAGCCCUGCAUUUAUGUAGAGGCACCUCUGCCUGGUUUCCAAGUAACAACAUAGCUGGAUGAGAUAUGAUGAUUCCCAGCUUUUAUACCAAUGCUUCUUAGAUAUGUACCCAGCACUUAAUAACUCUAGUGAUCAACAGGUUUAUCAAAAUAUUUGACUGUUGACUCCUUCCAAGGAAACUAAGUUUAUUCUGUAUGAUAGAGUUUAGUUAUCAAAGAAACUGCUUGUGGGUGGUAUGUUGAAGUAAUUCUGUGUGUGGAAGUGAUUAUAGGAGCCACUGGAUGAAAUGCUCCAGCAGCCAUUCCAUAACUGUCCAAUCCAUAACUGUCUCUUUUUGUUGGUGCUUGCCCUGCUGUUCAGGUACCUGCCCACAUGCAGUUUCUGCUAAUCACCUUACAGAAAUGGAGAUUAAUGGACUGGAGUUGGCCCUAAUUUUUAGGGUAGAGAAGAAAAAGAAAGUAUGGAUGUGGAAUUGUGGUUUGGAAAGACUGGAGCAUGAGGGGGUGUAAUAAAAAGACUGAUGGAGUUUCUCCUAA